GCCUGUUGGUGGGGUCGGGUUUUUUCUUCCUUUUACCGUCAGUGCAUGCCCUCCUUCUCUCUCUUCUCUUUCUAGCCUUGCGUUGGGCGAUCGAUUUUCAUAUAUUAAUAUCUUUAAUUAUUAUUAAUUAAUAAAAAGCUGUGCAAGCGAUCGUUUAAAUUAUCCGGCGACAGGGGUUGGAUUUGUAUCGUAUGAGAUUCGAUUUGAUUGAAAAUGGCGAAUACAGAUCUGUUCGAUUCAUAUUUCAAGAGAGCAGAUUUAGAUGGCGACGGUCAGAUUAGCGGAGCUGAAGCCGUUGCUUUCUUUCAAGGUUCUGGUUUGCCCAAACCAGUCCUUGCUCAGGUGUGGACGUAUGCUGAUCAGAGAAAAGCUGGCUACCUUGGUAGACAAGAGUUCUAUAAUGCCCUUAAGCUUGUUACUGUGGCACAAAGAAAGCGAGAGCUGACCCCAGAUAUAGUGAGGGCAGCAUUAUAUAGCCCUGCUUCUGCUCAAAUUCCUGCUCCUCAGAUAAACCUUGCAGCCGCACCUGCCCCUAGAGCACCAACAGCUGCUCCUCAAAUGGCUGGCAUUACAUCAGUGGCAUCACAAAACAUUGGCGUCAGACCACCGCAGGUGCCUGGAAAUGCCAACAUAAACCAGCAGUAUUUCUCACCUCAGCAAAAUCAAUUUAUGAGGCCACCUCAAGCUGGGCCUUCCAACUCUGUGUCUCAUUUGCAUCAAGUGCCUGCAAGCCAAGGUGUGCCCAGGGCCAGUAUCAUGGCUGCUCCUCGACCUGGUGGAAGCAUGGGUGUCCCAACUACCCAAAAUCAAAGCAGGGCAAUUAGUCCUCCUUCGGCUCAGGAUGGAUUUGGGUUGACGGGAUCAGGUUUGAUGCCCUCUGUUCAACCUAGACAACAAGCGACUACUGGAUCAACACCUGUUCCGAAACCACAAGAUGCAGCUAUUGCCUCCAACCAAUCAGCAGUUAAGGACUCUAAAGUCUCAGGGAAUGGAUUUGCCCCUGACUCACUCUUUGGAGAUGUAUUUUCUGUAACUCCUGCCCAGCCAGCACAAAGUUCCUCCUCAGCUGCAUCAUCUACAAGUAGUCUAGCUGUAUCACCAGCAAUUGUCCCGUCUCCUGCUGGAUCUCAACCUUCAGCUAAGCCAGGUUCUGUUGACACUUUGCAGAGUACAUUUUCUCAGCAACCUGUUGGUGGUCAAUCAGCAGGGAGACAGAACCAUUCUGUUGCAGCUCAAACUCCAGCUGUUACUUCUACAUCUGGGUUUCCUGCCGGAGCUGGGAAUUCAGCUUCGAGUCAAUCCCAGGCUCCAUGGCCUAAGAUGGCUCAAUCUGAUAUUCAUAGGUAUAUGAAGGUAUUUGUGCAGGUAGACACGGAUAGAGAUGGAAAGAUUACAGGUGAACAGGCACGCAAUCUCUUCUUAAGUUGGCGGCUGCCAAGAGAGGUCUUAAUACAGGUUUGGGACUUGUCUGAUCAAGACAAUGAUAGUAUGCUUUCUUUGAGAGAGUUCUGUACUGCUGUCUAUUUGAUGGAGCGUUACAUAAAAGGCCGUCCACUACCUACAACACUUCCAAGCUCUGUCAUGUCUGAUGAGAAUCUGUUGGCUGUUACAAGCCAUCCUGCAGCUUCAUAUGGCAGCGGAACUUGGGGACCUGCUUCUGGUUCUCGACCACCGCAAUUUAUGACUAGUGCGCGGCCACCACCUGCCCCAGCAGCAAGGCCACCAAGGCCUCCCACUACUCAUCAUGCUGAGGAAAAACAGCCCGCUCAGCAAAAGCCCAAAGUUCCUGUGCUGGAAAAGCAUCUUGUUGAUCAACUUAGCCAGGAGGAGCAGGAUUCUUUGCGCUCAAAAUUCGAAGAGGCAUUUCAAGCUGAUAGAAAGGUUGAAGAGUUGGAAAAGGAAAUAGCUGAUUCUAGACAGAAAAUUGAAUUCUAUCGUGUUAAGAUGCAGGAACUUAUAUUAUAUAAAAGCCGAUGUGACAAUCGACUUAAUGAGGUAACAGAAAGGGUGGCUGCUGAUAAACGUGAGGCUGAGUCAUUAGCUAAGAAAUAUGAGGAGAAAUACAGACAAACUGGGGAUGUAGCCUCAAAAUUAACUAUUGAAGAGGCCACAUUCCGUGAUCUUCAGGAGAAGAAAAUGGAGUUAUAUCGGUCAAUUGUUAAAAUGGAAGAAGGAGCUACUGGUGACGGCGUUCUGAAGGAGCGUGCUGAGCAUAUCCAGUCAAGUCUUGAGGAACUAGUAAAAAGUGUGAAUGAACGCUGUAAACAAUAUGGAUUGCAUGCCAAGCCAACUUCACUAGUUGAGCUUCCUUUUGGCUGGCAACCUGGAAUUCAAGAAGGAGCUGCUGACUGGGAUGAAGAUUGGGAUAAAUUUGAGGAUGAAGGUUUCACAUUUGUCAAAGAGCUCACUUUGGAUGUGCAAAAUGUUGUAGCGCCCCCAAAACAGAAAUCUUCAGUUGAAAACGCAAAUCCUCCCACAAAUGAGGAUGUAAAUGCUUCCACCUCAAAGGCAGAGGCUAAGCUAGAGAAGGCUCCAAGUCCAGGUGAAGCGAAUCAAGAGAAAGAAGCGACUAAUGAGCAGAGUGAGAAUGGCACUGCAAGAAGUCCUCCUGACAGUCCUGCUGGAAGAAGUGCAAUGAACAGCCAAUUGCAUGAAUUCCGAGACUCUCCAUCCCGAGAGGUGUCUGGUGCUGAUGAUUCACCACAUGCUAAAGAAAUCCAAAGUGAUAUGGGUGGUACUGAAUCUGUGCUUUCUGGAGAUAAAGGUGGCGAUGAACCUGGAUGGGGCAGAUUUGACACUCAAUAUGAUACAGAAUCUCUUUGGGGCUUUGAUUCUGUUAGUGGCAAGGACUUGGAUCAUGAUAGGCAAGGUGAUGGUUCUCUAUUUGGACUGGGUGAAUUUGGUUUAAAAUCAAUCAAAACAGGAUCUCCGCAUGCAGAUAAUCUGUACCAGGGAAAGCACACAUCUAUUUUUGCAGAUUCUGUUCCAAGCACACCUGCAUAUGACCAGGGUAGGAGUUUGUUCGCUGAUUCUGUUCCAAGCACACCUGCAUAUAACCAGGGUAGGAGCUUGUUCGCUGAUUCUGUUCCAAGCACCCCUGCAUAUAACCAGGGGAAAAGCACAUUUGCAUUUGCAGAUUCUGUUCCUAGCACCCCAGCCUAUAACCAGGGGAGGAGCUCCUUUGGAUUUGCAGAUUCUGUUCCUGGCACCCCAGCCUAUAACCAGGGGAAGAGCUCACUCGGAUUUGCAGACUCUGUUCCCAGCACUCCUGCCUAUAAGUUCAAUGAAGGGUCAGAUGAUCAUUCUUUUGACAGCUUCUCUAGGUUUGAUUCGUUUAAUAUGCACGACAGCGGAUUAUUUCAAUCUUCAAGCCAAUCUCUUUCAAGAUUUGAUUCCAUGCGCAGCACUAGGGACUCUGAUCAAAAUUAUGGGUUCCCAUCAAGUUUUGAUUCAUAUGGAGAAUCCAGAGACUCUGAACAAAGUCAUGGAUUCUCGAGGUUUGAUUCGUUUCGAGACUCAGAUCAGACUCAAGUAUUCUCGCGGUUUGAUUCAUUUAGAGAGAGUGACAACAGUCAUGGUUUCCCAUCAAGGUUUGAUUCGUUUAGAGAAUCUGAUAAUAAUCAUGGGUUCCCGUCAAGUUUUGAUUCAUUUAGAGAAACUAAAGAUUCUGAUCAUAGUCAUGGGUUCUCAAGGUUCGAUUCAUUUAAUGCCAAUGACAGUGGAUUCUUUCAAUCCUCUGGCAAUUCCUUUGCUACAUUCGAUUCUGCACAUAGCUCCAGAGACUUUGAUAAUAGUCAUCGGUUCUCAUCAUCGUUUGAUGAUGCUGAUCCAUUCGGCUCUACUGGGCCAUUUAAGACAUCAGUAGAGACUGAAACUCCAAGGAAGAACUCGGAUAACUGGAAAGCAUUUUAGUCAGGUAGCAGGCGAUAUGUUACUAGGUGCUUUCCUUCCAUAAAAAGCCUGCCUUUUUUUUUUUUCUUUUUGGUGAGAUUUGGUCCUCUAGGUGUGGCGGUCUCUAGGGGUGGCGGUCUGGUUCUUCCAUGAGUAUAUAGUGUGGUGAUGAAUAUUGGUUGUGCCUUGUGGUGUAAGCUCUUGUUUGAUUUUGCAGAUUUUUUUUUACCUUGUCUAAAGUUGAAGUACUUCUAUGUUAGUUUUUUUUUUUUUAUCCUUUUAUUGUAAUUUUUUGAUCAGGACACAUGAAUUAUAUGUAAUUUUUUCAAACAUAUACGCACUUAAAACACUACUUUGUGAUGUGGAAGUUAAAUUAAAUUACCUUUUUGGCGAGAUUUGGUCCUUCAGGGCUAGCA